CUAAAAAUAAAUAAACCAAAUCUUUUUUAAAAUUUUAAAAACAAAGUCAAUUCACUUCUACUCUUGCAAAUCAAAUCAAGGCAGAAAAGGAUAAAACCAAGAAGCAUUCUCCUGAGGGAAUCCAAUGUAUCCACUUUCCAUAAAAAGACAGUUUCUUCACAUACCCAGCUGAUACCUUUCAAGGGUACAUUAAAUAGUAUCUUAUUUCUUUCUGCCAUAACAACCAACAUUUUCAAAGGCAUUUCAGUGAUCUAAAUUGAGUUUUACACAUACUGUAUUACUCAUAAAAUUUUCUUUAAAAUGAAAAAAAAUAAUUCGGUAUGCUGUGUUGAGGAUACCUGGUGCUGCUGCAGGCAGAGUGAGCAAAAGAUUCUGGAUGCCAGGGAUGCCGUUAAGCUGGAGUGGGAAUGUCCACUGAAAGAAGGAAGCAUUUACGAUUGAGCUGGAAAUAGCUUUGUUUCAGAGACCAAAUUAAACCUAUCUAAGAUGUUUAUGGUUGUUGGCUUACUUAAUCAGUUUGUUAUUGAUAUCUUUGAGAAAGUCUAUUCUCAGUAACAUUGUCAAGUGAACCAUGGAAGCUGGUCACAGCGAUCUUAUUUUUAUUCUUCUAGGUAGGUAGAGGUGCAUUUCAACUACACAAUUAGUUUUACUUAGCUUUAUUUAUUUUACCUGGUGUUGAAAUAUUUCCAAAGAAAUCCUGAUUUUUAAUCUCCCAUCAUUUGAGCUCUUACCUGAAGUGGAUUUUGCUUGAACUCAAUUGAUUUCACCUCUUAACAAUCUGAAAUUAAUUCUAUUUGGUGUUUUGUGUUCUUAUAUAUACACUAACCUAUUUAAUGUAUUUUUGGGAUAUUUAGACAUACAGUUUCCUGCAUAUUUGAGCAGAAACUGGUGAGUUAGAAAUGGAUAUAGCCAUGAUAAAUUAUUAUUGAAUUCCCUGGUAUCCACUCAAAUGUAAUUCACCUUUCCCAUGACCUUAUUUUGUCAUAAUCAUAGGACCUCAAAUCACCCUUGUUGUGAGAGGGUGGUAGAAGUGAGUCUUGAAUGUUCAUUUUCUGCAUUCUGUUACAUUCUUACAACAGGGUAAUCUAUUUGAUCUUGAUUAAUUAACAUAGAAGGGGAAUUUGAUGUUAAAAGUUACAGUAAGUUGAACAAGUCUAAUAAAAUCAUGACAAAAUUCUACCCAAAUAAAAAUGAAGUGGAACCCUAAAAUGCUUACUUAUGUCAGAAACUUGACUGUUUCUAGCUCCUCUUUUAAAUCAUUUAAUUUGAUAAGAUGUUUCUAUGAUAAGUAUUCCUUGGCCUCAGUUUUCCUCCUAAUAGUCUAAUUGUUUUCUUGAUUGUGCAGAUGUCACCAUAAAAAAAUUCAAUCUAUUGUUCAUGCCAUUUUGUAAGUCAUGUAACUUAGAGACAUGAUUGUUUAUUUUACCACCAGUGUUGCUAACCCACUUUUACUUUUGUAUCGUUUGUUGGGAUGAAUAAAUAGAGUACUUCAUGGCUUCACAAAUUACACUGCUCAUCAGCGAUAAAUUGCACUGCUAAAGAGUAAAAUAAAGUUGGUUACAGGAAGUUUACAUUUCCUGAGAGUGUAAUUCUUAAUUAAAUGUUGGUGUGCAUGAAAAUCACUUAAGGAGGUAAACUGAAGUGCAGAUUUCCAUUAGCACCACCAGAGAUUUGAUUCAAGAUCAGGAGACCAGCCCAGAAUUGACUUUACGGGGGGGAACUCCAAACUCCCAGGUAAUCCUUUAUGCAAGCGGUUCCCACACUCCAGUGCGAGAAACACUGACUGGACUGAAAAGUCUUUAUAAUGCUCAAGUUUUGGAAAUGGUAUUGACCUGCAAACAUCUCUUGAAGUUAUUGAUUUGAACGCGUGGUGGCACUGCAGGCUAAGAGAGUAAAUCCAAGCUCUGCGGAUUCGGAGGACGCCCUUUCACCGAGAAACCCAAGGGGGGCAAAAUACAUUUAAGCUAAAGCCAAAAUAAAUGUGUUUGCGAAGGCAGUCACCGCCAGACGAGUUUUUAAAAAGAGAAUUAGAAAGUCUUUAGCAAAGAUAUUUUGGAGGGUCGACGGUGGACCUGGUGACUGGGAAUUAAAAAGGAUUUUCCCCCGGAUCAGACAUAACAAUAGAGAUGGCGCGAACAAACGCACCUCGCAACAAAAGGCAAGUGACGGUUUUCAUUAUGUUGAUGGUUUUGUGGGAGGUGGGUUCAGAAUCGAUUCAGUAUUCUGUAUUGGAGGAGACAGAAGUUGGCACGUUUGUGGCUAAUUUGACAAAGGACCUGGGACUCAGGACCGGAGAGCUGGCUGCUCGGGGAGCCCGGCUUGUUUUCAAGGGGAACAGACAGCGUUUGCAGCUUGACCCACAGACAUAUGAUUUGCUGCUAAAUGAAAAACUGGACCGGGAGGAGCUGUGCGGCUCCACUGAGCCGUGUCUGCUCCCCUUCCAGGUGUUGCUGGAAAAUCCCUUGCAGUUUUUCCAGGCGGUCUUGCGAGUCAGAGACAUAAAUGACCAUGCCCCGGAGUUCCCGGCUAGAGAAAUGCUACUACAAAUAUCAGAAAUUACUACGCCAGGAAAGAUAUUUCCUUUGAAAAUGGCGCAGGAUUUAGACGUGGGUAGCAACAGCCUUCAGAGCUAUGCAAUCAGCUCCAAUUCUCACUUCCACGUUCUCACCCGCAAUCGCAGCGACGGCAGAAAGUUCCCAGAGCUGGUACUGGACAAAGCGCUGGACCGCGAGGGGCAGGCGGAGUUCAGGCUAACCCUCACCGCGUUGGACGGUGGGUCUCCGCCCCGGUCAGGGACCGCAGAGAUUCAGAUCCGGGUCUUGGACAUUAAUGACAACGCCCCCGAGUUUGCUAAGGAGCUCUAUGAGGCACAAGUCCCUGAAAACAACUCCCUUGGCUCUCUGGUUAUCACCGUCUCAGCGAGAGAUUUAGAUGCAGGAUCCUUUGGAGAAGUAUCGUAUGCUCUAUUUCAGGCCGAUGAUGUUAAUCAACCCUUUGAAAUAAACGCAAUCACAGGAGAAAUUCGACUGAGAAAGAUGUUGGAUUUUGAGAAAUUUACAUCUUAUCAUGUGGAUGUUGAUGCCACAGAUGGUGGGGGACGAUCAGGAAAAUGCUCUGUAAUCAUCAAGGUUCUGGACGUGAAUGAUAACGCCCCUGAACUGACCAUGUCGUCCCUCAGCAGCCCCAUCCCUGAAAACCAGCCCGAGACGAUAGUGGCGGUUUUCAGUGUAUCAGAUGCAGAUUCUGGACAUAACCAGCAGGUUGUUUGCUCUAUAGAUGACAACAUCCCCUUUCUUCUAAGACCGUCAGUGGAGAAUUUCUACACUUUGGUAACACAAGGAGCGCUGGACAGAGAGCGCCAGGCCGAGUACAACAUCACCAUCACUGUCACAGACAUGGGGACUCCCAGACUGAAAACAGAGCACAACAUAACCGUGCUGGUCUCCGAUGUCAACGACAACGCCCCAGCCUUCACCCAAACCUCCUACACCCUCUUCAUCCCAGAGAACAACAGCCCCGCCCUGCACAUAGGCAGCGUCAGCGCCACAGACAGAGACGCGGGCACCAACGCCCAGGUCACCUACUCCCUGCUGUCGCCCCAGGACCCCAGCCUGCCCCUGGACUCCCUGGUGUCCAUCAACGCUGACAACGGACACCUGUUCGCCCUGAGGGCGCUGGAUUUCGAGGCCCUGCAGGCAUUUGAGUUCCUGGUGGGCGCCACAGACCGCGGGUCCCCGGCCCUGAGCAGCCAGGCGCUGGUGCGCGUGCAGGUGCUGGACGCCAAUGACAACGCGCCCUUCGUGCUGUACCCGCUGCAGAACGGCUCUGCGCCCUGCACCGAGCUGGUGCCCAGGGCGGCCGAGCCUGGCUACGUGGUGAGCAAGGUGGUGGCGGUGGACAGCGACUCGGGCCAGAACGCCUGGCUGUCUUACCAGCUGCUCAAGGCCACAGAGCCCGGGCUGUUCAGCGUGUGGGCGCACAAUGGCGAGGUGCGCACUGCGCGGCUGCUGAGCGAGCGCGACGCGGCCAAGCACAGGCUGCUGCUGCUGGUCAAGGACAAUGGCGAGCCUCCUCUGUCAGCCAGCGUCACGCUGCACGUGCUGCUGGUGGAUGGCUUCUCGCAGCCCUACCUGCCUCUGCCCGAAGUGGCGGCCGUCGCGGCCCAGACUGACCCACUCACGGUCUACCUGGUCAUCGCGCUGGCGUCGGUGUCGUCGCUCUUUUUGUUCUCGGUGCUGGCGUUCAUCGCAGUGCGGCUGUGCAGGAGGAGCAGGUCUGGUUUGGUGGGUGGCUGCUCGGUGCCUGAGGCCCAGUUUCCAAGCCACCUGGUGGACGUUCGGGGCACCGGAACCCUGUCUCAGAGCUACCAGUAUGAGGUGUGCCUGACGGGAGGUUCAGAGGCCAGCGAGUUCAAGUUCCUGAAGCCGAUUCUCCCCAGCUUCCCUUCUCAAGGGACUUGGGAGGGAAUUGAAGGAAAACCCCACCUUUCGGAAUAGCCUCCUAUUCAGUUAAGUAUUGGAUUGUUCCACUAAACCUUACUUAAUAAAUAUGGAAAUCUCUUAUAACUUUACAUUACAUGUUAUUGAUGGUGUCUUUCUUGAUUAAUUUACUACUGUUCCUUAGGGUGAUAUUAAAAGAAAUUCAAAUGUUGCAUAUGCACAAUAUUUUCCCUAUAUUAUGUUUAGUAGCUUUAAAUUAUUCAUUCAGUUUUAUUUGACAAUCUGAAUAAAAAGUAAAAAUUAAUUUGAAUAAUUAAAAAUUUUUGAAGUUCAGUCAUAUCUUUUUACAAAAGUUAUAUUCCAAAAUUCUUAAGUAUGACUGCCUUUCUAACUAUUGGCGACUACUGUAGUUACUACUACCAUGUAGGAAAAAGCUUUAAAUGUGUUUCAUAUUAUUUAAUUUGCCAGUGUAGGGGGUACACUGCUCAUUUGGGGGUAACUCCUACAAUGUGAUAAAAUAAAGAUGAGUUCUAACGAUGGCUGAAUGCUAAGAUAGCCAUUCAUAUUUAUGUGUAUUUCAGUAACUAAUUGUAAACACAUAUUUUCUGUGAAUAUAGACUUUAAAAACUGUAAACACAUUAAAUUGUAGUUUGUGAGCUUCAUGUAAGAAUAUGAUUUUUUAAAACACUAGUCCAAUUAUAAAUGCUUAAUAAACAUUUGAUAAGUGUUAACAUUCCUAUAGUGAAUUAAAAAAUAAUUUUCAAGUGAUGCAGAAAUGUUAAUAUUCUCUUUACACUCUAGUACCCUUGUCAAAAGUGAAAUUAUUAAGUAUCAUUCUUUUGCUUUUCCUCUAAAUUGGAAAUACCUUCCAGUACCCAAAGCUCUAUUACAGAAUGUAAAAUGCUCAAGAGUACAUUUUUCCUCCUUGUCUUUGUCCAAUGAUUUGAAAGUUCAAAAGUAUUGUUAAGUAAAAUUCAAAUUAUAUUUUGCAAACUCCUAUUCCUAGCCUCUUAGCUUUUACUAAUAUACAUGCGAUGCCUGCCAAGACCUAAGUGAGUUAUUAGUGCCAGGUUAUUGGGUACAUAAUGUCAUAUUUUCCCUCCUAGCACUGUGUAUACAUCAUUUAUCUUUAUUAACCAUAAAAUCAUUUACUUUUUACAAUUUAACCAUAUUUGGUUUUAUUUGUAGUCUUUUAUGUAGUCUUUGUAGUCAAUUUAACCAUAUUUGGCUGUAUUUGUAGUCUUUUAUGAAAAAAAUUCAUCUUUUCAAUUUCCCAUCAAUAUUAGGCAGUUUAUCCUAAAGUGAAAAGUGAGUGAAUAUUGUAUUUUUAUCCUUAAUUAAAAUGGAAGUGAGCUUAA